CCAAACCAAAUUGGAAGAAUGCAGUUUGUGAUAAAUGCCUGUUGCCCCUCUGGAGAUCCAAUUUGUGUCUAAUGAAUAUUAAUUCAUGGAAAAUUGGUCCCUUCCCACAGAUUUUAUGGUUGCCUUAGAAUUGUGUGUGUGUGAAAUUACGUCCCUUCAACACAUUGAUGUGUUUGAUAUAAAAAUCCCUUGAAUGUUGCUAAAGAGAGAUCAGAAAUGGACAAUAGACACGCCGAUUAGAGAGAGAUCUGAAAGGAGAAGAUAGAGAGAGAAAUGAAAAGGGCCAUUAUUGGAAUGUGAGCAUGCUUAAAAAGAAGGAAUAGGAAAAUUUGGAUCAGAGAAUUGAAUUGGAUUUUAGGAAUCGAAAAUUGGAAAUGGAAUCAGAAUUCAGAUUUGGAAAAGUAGGAAAAAAGAGAAAAAAAGAGUAUGAGAUCACAAAUUGUGCUUACAGGUAAAUAUUUAUUAAUAGGGUAUCAUAUCAUAAUGGAAUGAAAUUGGCACAACAGAAUUGAUUCAGAGAACUUAGACCAUAAAGUGGAAAGAGCAAUUUGGAUCAAGUUUGGAUGUGAAGUUUAUUCAUUUGUACAUAAUUAAAAUACAAAACAAAUAAAAAA